CUUCCCUAUACUUUACCUGACCCCCAAGCAUGUCCGAGGAGUUAAAAAUCAACAAAGCAUAUGCAGAAAAUUACAACACAUGGCGCAAGAAAGAAGAACUCCAGAAACUGAAAGAUAAAUAUGGAGAUGUCAGUGAUCUGGAUUCAGAAUCAAGUUCAUCAGAGUCUGAGGAUGAAAAUGCUGAGGGUCUUACAGCUUUAGUAGAGAGAGAUUGGCUGAGAACUUAUGCUGCUUUGAAAAAGAGAGAUCCAAAGAUUUAUCAGAAAGAUGUCAAAUUUUAUCACAGUGAUGAUGAUACUGAUUCCAAUGAGGGACCCUCCUCCUCCAAGGUGAAAGGAAAAAAACCUGUAUACUUAAAAGAUUAUGAAAGAAAAGUUAUUUUAGAGAAAGGAGGUAAAUUGGUUGAUGAAAGUGACAGUGAUGAAGAAGAAAACUUUCCACAGAAACCAAGUUAUUACGAAGAACAGGACGAAAUUAAACAAAGUUUCAAGUCAGCUUUUGAGGACUCAGGGAGUGAAUCAAGUGAUCCAGAUUUUCUUACCAAAAAAGUGAAAACUGAAAAGGAAAAGGUUGAGGAAGACACAGAUUUCAUGUCAUGGGCGAAAGAGGAAAAGAAGGGAAAAAAGGAAGACAAAAAGUUUGGAGUAGAAUUGGGUUCAUUAAAACAAUAUUGGAAUGACCCAAAUCUGGAUGAAGGAGAGAAAUUUUUGAGAGAUUUUAUAGUAAAACAACAAUACCUUGAUAAAGACGCAGACAGAAUACCAUCUUAUGAUGAGAUUAUAAAUGACGGGGAUGGACUGACAGAUGACGAAGAAAAUGUAGAAAAGCAGGAGGAAUUUGAAAGGAAAUACAACUUCAGAUAUGAGGAGCCGGACACUGAUUUUAUCAAAUCCUUCCCUAGAACUAUAGAUGAUUCUGUCAGGAGGAAAGAAAACAAAAGAGCAGAUAGAAGAAAACAAUUGAGAGACAGAAAGAAAAUGGAAAAGGAUAAAAGGAAAGAAGAAAUAAAACAGCUGAAAAAUAUGAAGAAACAGGAGAUAAUGGAUAAGAUUGAUAAGUUAAAGGAGAUAGCAGGGAACCAGUCUCUUGGUAUGAAUACAGAGGAUCUAGAGGGGGACUUUGAUCCAGACAAACACGAUCAAAUGAUGAAAAGUUGUUUUAAUGAUGAUUUUUAUGGAGGAGAAGAAGAGGAUAUAAAACCAGUGUUUGCUGAUGAAGAAAAUGAAGAUUUAAUCCCUGAGAAUUGGGACAAUUGGACUGGACCAGACCCUGAAGAUGUUGAUGAAACAGAACCUCAUAUGGAUGAUCCAAACUUUAUUAUGGAUGCUGAUUAUGACCCAACAAAAGUUGUUGAGAAAACCGGUAAAAAGAAGAGGAAGUCAAAGUUCAAACAAGCACUUGCUAAAAAGAAACCUGUUUUUGAUCCAGAGAAGAAGACGUUUGAGGAGUACUAUAACGAUUACUACAGUCUGGACUAUGAGGACAUCAUAGAUGAUAAACCUUGUAGAUUUAGAUACAGAACAGUUCUGUCCAAUGACUACGGACUGUCAGUUGAUGAGGUGUUGACAGCAAGAGACAAAGAAUUGAAUGCAUGGGCCUCACUAAAGAAAAUGAGCCAAUAUAGGACAGAGGAAGAAGAAAUGGAUGAUUUAAAGAUAUAUACUCACAAGUCAAAGAAUAUUGAUAAAAAGGCAAAAAUGUUACCAAGUCUUCAUGAAAAAAGUAACAAAGCAAAGAUGGCAGGAAGUCAGAAGAAUAAAAGAAAGAAAAAGAAUAAGGAAAGUAAUGAAGAAAAAGGGGAUAGUGUAGCAGAAAAAGGGGAUAGCAUAGAAGAAACAGGGGCUAGCAAUGUUGCUAAGGUGGUGUCAGAUUCUACAGUGAGUGUCAGUGGUGUAAUUCAGAGUGAAAAUACUGAAACAUUGAACUUGAAUGCAACUGAGAAACUGUCAGGUGGGAAAAAGAGAAAGAUAACUGAUCAACAAAAUAAUGCUAAGAAGAAGAAAAAGAAACUACAUUUAAAGGAAGAACAGUCUGUCACAGCAGAAGAUAUUAAUUUAUCAAAGGAACAAGUCACAAUAAAGGAAAAAGUCAUAGUACAGGAAAAAGCCACAGUGAAGGAAAAAAUCACAGUAAAUGAAACAGUCACAUUAAAGGAAAAGAAAAUUAAAAAGAAAAAGAAACAAUUGUUGACUGGUUCAACAGACAACACAGAUGCAGGUGAAAGUAGUAAUACACUUCAAGAAGGGACCAGUAAUUCAUUGGAAAUCAGCCAGGAAUUAAAAACUGGUGAAACAAAAGCAAAAAAGAAGAAAAAGAAAAAGAAGAAGAAGAAGAAACUUCCUAUAUUAUCUGAUGAGAGACUUAAAGCAUAUGGAAUUAAUCCUAAGAAACUUAGAUAUAUGAAGACUGAUAAUUUCAAACAGAAGGUCAAGGCCAAAGAGUAAAAGUGCAUCAUCAAAUUUUAUCAUAUUCA